AUGACGGCGCAUGUCUUUCCCAACGAGAUAUGGAUGCUCAUCUUCGACAACUGCCCCUUGGCCACUCUAUGGGCGGUUUCCCUCACCUGCCGCUUGUUCCAUGCAGUCAGCCUGGCCGCAUUCUUGCGAAGUUUGGUUUGGAAGAGUCCAGAACGGGCACGCCAGCAUAUUUCGAUAUUCUGGAGUUUGUUUCCGCCUGAAAAGGCACCCGUAGUUCGCUCGUUGGAUGUCCGGUUUACGCCUCCACUGCGAAGCGAGAGAAGACUCCCGCCUGCUGAUCUCCACAAGGACAUAGUCGGUAAAAUCUCGUUAUUCCACAAAACGAUAUCACAACUCACUCUCUGCGGUCUAAUUCUUCCUCCCAUCUUCUUUGACCUGCUCAAUCAUCUACCCACUCUCCAACAUCUUGUCUUGCGGCAGUGCAUUCUCCCCGGCCCCCCUCCGGUAUCUGUUUUGGUUUCGCCUCCGACCCUUGAGUCCAUAACUCUCUCCAACCUUGAUCGUUCCCGGGAAUGUCCUACUGUGUUCUCACCGUAUGCCUUGCUUAUGCUCUUCCCACAAGUCCCCUUCAUCUCUGUCGACCGCCUGAUGGAAUCCAGAAAAUGGGGCAAGCCGCUUCCGCAACUAGGCAUUCCAAGACACCUCACAUUGGCCUCCGUAGCUCCCCUUGGCUUAUUCGUGACACGUCAACACCUCACCGCGCUCACCCGGUUCUUCCUGUUCCGCCUCGAAAAACUUGUGGUCGUGAUUCCGGAGCUAUACCGGCUGCCGUUCCGCGAGGAGAUCCCUGUGUGGGACACUUUGAUCUCCGUCCCGCGUCUCCAUUUGCUCGCGGCCCCCCUCUCCAUCGUUCGUGUCCUCUUGCGGUCGAAGCCCCCGCUCACACACCUGGCGAUACAAGGGGCCAUUCCAACAACCGCGCACGUGGCGUGUCUAAUGAACGACAUACUGAGCGACGACAUCGUAUCGCUAGCGCUUACUGUUGCUUCCUGGGACCCAGCACUGGUCGAGCUGAUUUCGCGGCGCUUACCAGGCCUCCAGUCGCUCGAGAUACUUUACUGCGAUGCGGCCAGUGCUCCUGCCAGUGCGAGUCCUUGCGCAGCCGAUCUCCUACCGCAUCUCACGGCUCUGUGCAUCGCCCCAUUUCUGCCGAUCGACCCGUGUUUACACACUGUGCCAAGGCAGGAGAGCCGAUCACUUACCCCGGACCCACAAAAAUUGAUUGGAUGGAGCUCGCUGGUUAUUCUUGACGAGCAGCUGUACCCAACACAUGAUACGGAGGUCUAUUGGGGAAAUCCAUGA